CAGAGCAUUGGCUACUUCACAUCAAGAACAAUAGAAAGCAGUUGGUGUGCUCUGUCGCUUCCAGGAGAUGAGUUUCACCAGGCAAGCCAAAUGAUGGUGUUGACUGAGGACUCAUUCGGGACUUGAACUUGAGGAUUUAUGCUUUUUUAAACUGUGGAUUUCACAUUAUUGUAUUUAAAAAGAAUGUCACUCCCGGAGGAGGAUCUUACAUGCCCAAUUUGCUGUGACAUCUUCACAGACCCCGUUUUGUUGGCAUGCAGUCACAGCUUCUGUAGGAGCUGCCUGAGGCGCUGCUGGGACAACGGCUUACGUGAGUGUCCAGUGUGCAGAAAGAGAGCCUCUAAGUCCAGUGCUCCUUCUAACUUGGCUCUGAAGAAUGUGUGCGAAGCUCUGUUAGAGGUCAGGAGGCAGAGCUCAGUAGUGGUGGAAGACAACACAAACUGUAGUCUACACGGGGAGAAGUUAAAGCUGUUUUGUCUGGUUGACAAACAGCCUAUCUGUGUGGUGUGUCACUCUUCUAAACUGCACAAGAGCCACGACUGUUCGCCUAUCGAGGAGGCAGCACUGGACUGCAAGGAUGAACUUUCCGUAUCCCUCAAGAGCUUGCAAGAAAAUCUGGAAAGCCUCAAAAGAAUUCAAGAGACCUCUGCAGACACAUUCAAGUUCAUUAAGACUCAGGCUCUGGAAACGCAGAAAUUGAUCAAGGGCCAGUUCGAGCAGCUCCAUCAAGCCCUCGACCAGGAGGAGUCAGCCAGGAUAGCAGCUGUGAAAAAAGAAGAGGAGGAGAGGAUAGCGGCAUUGAAGGCUAAGAUUAAAGAACUGUCAGCAGAAGUGCUGAACCUCACAGAGAUCAUCUCAAUCAUACAGGAGCAGCUGAAAGAAGAGGAUAUGGUCUUGAUGAAGAAUUUCAAAGACACUCAGGAAAGAGGGAAAAGUGUAGCGCUUGGUUCAGACAGCAUAUCUGGGAUACUGAUUGAUGUGACCAAGCAUGUUGACAACCUCAAGUACAGAGUCUGGGAGGAAUUGCUGGGCCAAAUAGAUUAUACCCCAGUGACUUUGGACCCAAACACAGCACACCCCUGCCUCAUCCUGUCUGAUGACCUCACUUCUCUCCAGUACUCAAAGCGGGCCAGCUGUUGCCCUGACAACCCAGAGCGCUUCCACAUCAGCGCUGAAGUGGUGGGCAUGGCUGCGCUGGGUUCAGGAAGCCACCACUGGGUCGUGGAAACAGGAAGUAAUCAGGACUGGCUCCUGGGCGUGGCCUCUUUGUCUGUACCAAGGAACACAGAGGUCUCUGCUCGGCCCGAGAACGGCUUCUGGACCUUGUGUUUCCGGGAUGGAGAGUUCAGGGCAAUGACCUCGCCCCCAGCUCCACUGAAAGUUCCAAGACCACCCAAACAAGUCAAAGUGCAGCUGAAUUACAACAAAGGGACCAUUUCUUUUUCCGACCCUGCUGAUGACAAGCUCAUUUAUGAAUUUACAACAACAUUUAAAGAACCUUUGCUUCCAUAUUUUUAUACACAGAGCAGCCACCCACUGAGAAUAAUGUCAGAAAAGGUACUUAUCAGAAUGUUGCGCCAAUAAGUCGAUUACUGAUUCAAUAAUUGGAUCUCAGUUCUGUUUCAAUGUAAAAAAAAAAAUAUAUAUUUUAAGGGUUGGCUCUAGUGUUAACGCCUCCCACAUGAGGAUGCAAAGCAUUCUUAACCAUUUUGAAGUUUUAUUGAUUUGUCCUCUUUUAAAGCUCCCCUGAGGAGUUUUUAAAUGGUUAUCAAACAGACUGAAAUUAAAACUGAUGCCUCUGAAAGACCCAGAAAAACAAACUAGACCAUCAGUGACUAGAUAGAUUAUUUCUAUGAAGUUAUUUAUUGUGUCUGAAACCACUGCCAUGAGGUAGGUGUCAGAUGAAUUGAGUGCAAUGAACCUGAGAGAUAUGUUUGACUGUUUAAAGACAGAUGGAUGAAGUUCUUUUUGUUAGAAAUUACUACUUAGACAUAUACGGGACAAACCAGCAAAGUCUAAUAGUCUAACAGAUACCACAUUGUCAACAGAGGUUGCUAAAACCCAAGGUUCCUUACAAGACCUUUAAGGAAUAGUCAGACAUCUUGCAAAAUACACUUGUGCUUUUUUGUAAACAAUUUAGCGAAGAUUUCUACUGCCCCCAAGUCUGUAUAAUAAGUUACCAACAGGAGCUGGUUAGCUUAGCAUAGCAUUUACACUGAAAACAGCUAGCCUGCUCACAGGUAACAAAAUCUACAUUCUAAUCCCUAUAAAGUUCACUAUCAUACCUUAUAAUAUUUUAUUGUUGAAUCUGUGGAAACAUAAUCCUUCAGACAGGUACUAGCGGUGUCCCCCUUUUUCCGACUUUUAGCUUUAAAUACACAUACUUGACAACCAAGUGAGCAGCAUUAGUCUUCUGAUAUGGGGUCUACAGAUAGAGGGUGAUGAUUAGUGGUGCAGCUUGGGCUAAUAUGAUUUAGGGAUCCAUAAAGUUGACUUGGCUUGCCUUGACAUCUUUUCCCAUUUCCCAGCAUGUGGAAUUAUUCCUUAGACAGCAGUGCUCUGAUUGUCUUAUUCCUCCAUUAGUGGCAAGUAUAUGGUUAAUUAGCAAGGGUAUCAGUCAAACUUUCUAAAACGCUGUAUUAUGUAAUGCACUUCAAAAAUAAGCUGUACUAAAUGUGGGGUUUUGAGGUUGUCCAUAAAUUGGGUUUUUGGUGUGCAGGACACCUCUUUAUUCUCCUGAA